CAACAAAGCUCUGAGCAUGCUCAGUGGGGUCUGUGAUGCUGUUGCUAUAGGACUGUGGGGCUCAGAACCGCUGGGCUGGAGCAGGAGGAGGAGGGAGGCUGAGAGGAGCUGAUGAGGCGAGGAGUGCAGAGCAGAAAGAAGUGGGACUAAAGAGGAACUACAUGAGGGAUAUUACCCAUUUCCUAUUUUUUAUUUUCCUUCGCUUCUGCUGAGUGGAUGUGGAGCAUUAGGUUGUGGUCAUGCGGUGUGUUUGCUCCAGUUACUGACAGUGCAGACAGAAUGAGAGUGACUCUGUGCUGGCUCUCGGAUUGAUGGGGCUUCACGGAUGGAUUCUGUCUUGAAAGCAAUAAAAAUGCAGGCAUCUGAGGUUACAAGAGAUUCUGCUGAUGCUUGCGUUCACGCUGUUUAUGUCACUUAGCCAUCCUGACAUGCAAGGACUGAUUUGAAGGUUGAAGUGCUGGUGCUUAGAAAAUGGACGUCUCCCCAAAGUCAGGAGAAACUCUGAUUGUGUGCCGCAUCCACGGCCAGUCUGUUGGGUGGCACCUAUGUAACUUGGUACAGACAUCCAGGCGGCCACGCUCCCUGAAUUUGACCCACAGUUUAUCACUACCUGAGAGAGGCAAUCUCCCGAGGGAAGCUCUUGACUAUGGCUGUCUAAGUCACAUCAGCAAGUCGAGUUCAACAGAAAGAGCAGAUAAGAAGGGAACUGAAAAUUCAAGAGGAUAUGAAUCAUCCCCAAUGCUUUGGGUUUUGUCAGAGGACACUCCAUUGACCAGUCCUCAGCUUAAAAAAGAGGCAUUGCGUCGUAGAUGUACUCCCAGAUGGCAAAACCUCUUCAUCCCUGAAGCAGAAGUGAAUGAGGAUGAAGAGGAUGAGGACUCGGAUGGGGACAACUUGCACAAGUACCAUGAAGGAUCAUCCCUUCAACUACAAGGAAAUGUUACUCAAGGUACUAUGGAUCCUUCAAGCCAAGCCAAAGAAAACAAAGAUCAAGGUUGCAGGGAUAGCAAAGGAACCCCUGUAUUAAUGGACUGUGAUGAACAGGAUUGGGGAGAUGAGGAACACUUUAGCAAUCAUACUCUUGAGGAAUCUGAAAAUUGCUGGCCUCCAACUGAAAACCUUACUGAAUCCAUUAGUCAAAACCAAACAGACUAUAUCACUGACUCUUCCUGCAACAGUUCAGAUGGAGUACUAGUUAACUUCAGUGCCAUCUACAACAAAACCAAUAACGCAGUUCCCGCUGCUCCAUUUAACCUAGAUAGUCCUGUUGGUGGACCAGGUACAGUGUUACAAGACAGUUCAAACCCUUUGCCCAGUUGGUCAUCUUACAACAUUGAUCCAAAUUGCAACAUCUAUCCAUUAAACUCUGAAUCAGUUCCAUCAAUGGAAAUUUCUGACCUCACCUUGUGUCUGCAGAGUCAGGCACGGUUAGCAGGUUCCACCCAGAAUUACUAUAAACUGGUGACGUGUGACCUAUCAUCCCAGUCUUCACCCAGCCCACCUUGGUCCUCUUUGACCAGUUUCUCUGAGACUCAAAGCCAGGGAAGCUGUUCUCCACCUUCUGAAUAUUUCCUCUUUGGACAUUCAGAGGAAGAGAAAAGAGAGAAGCCAAAGACUGAUCAAAGUGAACAUCAGGGUGAUGGGAACAUUGAAAUGAAGAAUACUAAGCAUGCCUCAAAGGACCAAACUAAACGAACAAAAGAGAGAAUGAAACCCCGUCAGUCUGCCUCCAGAGAACAAGAUAGUCGUAAUUCAAUAAAGACUCCUCAGUCUCAGAGCUGGAUUGGCAGCCAUAAAUGUACCUUAUCAAAGCUGGGAGCCUUACAAAACAGCUGCCCCUGCCAUUUAGACACAGGCUUAUCUUCACCUUCAUGUAGGCAACAUGCCACCUCUUUUGCAGAAAUUGCCCGAUGUAAGAAAGGAAUUGGAGAAUCUUAUUUAAAAAUGACCACAGAUGAUCCAUCAAGUUCAAGCUUCAUCCAUGAGAUCUCCUCCAUCCAGAAACAGGUUGACUCAGAGAUGAUAACAAAUCCGAGUGCUGACAGCUGUAUUCACUCCACUCCACAAGGUGCAUGUGCUUCAUCUCCAGAAGUUGUGCGAUACACAAAAGCACAAAGGCCCAACUUUCUCCCCAUCCAACCCUUUGUGCUUCAGGCACCCUCAGGAAAGCAACAGAGCAAGGCACUUGGGUCCCUUCUUAAUCAGUACAUCAGCCACAAAUACAGCAACCCUGGGCCAUCCAAAGCUACAUGCAAAAGCAAAGCAACUCCCCACCAUUUGCAACCUUCAUCUCUCGAUAGCUCCUCUACUAUCCAUCUGGAAGCAGCGACCAGUUCAGACACUUGUUCUACCUGCACAUCAAGUCCUAUUUUGCCCAAUAAUCACCCUCCGUGUACUCAGCCCUGCACACUGUUGGGGCUCAUUCACCAGGACUUGAUGAACAGAAAUCCACUUAUGAGUCCAAAUAGAAAAUCAAGAAGUCCCCGAAGUCCAGAGCAACCCGAUGAUAGUCAAAAGCCCUGCUCAAGUCAAACAUUAUUAAGCCAAAAACAAUUAUAUUCUGGACAAAGGGGUUCUGAGAAUUGUCUUCCAGAGCAGAUGCCCCUUGUUCAGACUCAGACCAAUUCAGUUCUAAAAGAGGAGACUACAGGUUCGCUAGAUGCAUCCCAUCCUUUACAUCAAAACUCCUCCCCUGCCAUCACCUCAGUCACCUCCUUAACCUCUAUCACCUCCCUCAUCUCUCUUUCCGCCACUGGAUGGAAAUCCAAUGAAGAACUUACCACCAAUGCUUACCACAUCUUUGGGCCAAAAAAGUCACCUUGUGUUAUGAGGGAAUAUCAACAUGGUGACUCAUUCUCCAUGACUGACAACCCCCCUGAGGAGUUCAGCCUCUCCCCAGAAGACCCUUCAGAUCUACUUACAAUUGAUCUUCUUCACAAGAGAAGUAUGUUGAAAGCUGUGAGUUUGGCAGUGAAUAAUAUAACAGCACAUUUGAACUCAAGACGAGACCCAGAAGAAAAGAUCAGACUUGGAAAUAGUUUGGUAAUCAACCAUCUUGUCAUUAAACAGCUUUACCCAAGAAUCCAGAACAUCCUUCAAGAUGGUUUGAAAGCCUAUACAUUGGAUUUGAUUAUUGGACAAAGACGUAACAAACUAUGGAACGUCAUUGAGGCCACGGCACGACCAGGCUCAUCUACCCGACUGCCUGACAGCUUGGUGUCUGUGGUAAAAAGAUGUUCCCAGUUACCAAGUCACAAGCGGCUCAGUGUCUUCUUCACAGAUCUGCUAAACAUGCGUGCAUUGGAGUUCUGGAUCCAUCAUUUAUACACUUCUAUUGAUGUUGUGACAGAACACUACUACCAAUGGGGAUUCUUAGCUCUGGCCCAGGGGCCCACUUAUGGACCACUUUUCCAAGAAAUGCUCCAUUUGCUGCAACCACUUUCCCUGCUUCCAUUUGACCUCUACCUUCCCUCCCAAACUAACCUUCAAAGUAAGGAAAAGUCAAAACAAAGAGGAUCCUUGUCUCAUCAAUUUCUAGCUCAGUCAGCUCAGAUGCUUCAGAUGAGCUCUAUCCAGACAACCAGCAGGAGUCCAACAGGUCACAAUGAUGCCAGUAACAUAGCCAGAUUUAAAGAGACACAGUGUGUAAUACAGAAGAAAGAAGAUGAAGCAGCUAAAACGGAAAACAGUGAAAUGCCCCAAUCUUCAAGUCCUCUGGAGGAUAAACACUUGAGUAAGCUACGAUGGGCCAGACUCUUUGGCUCUGGAGUCUCUAAUACACCAGUUUGGCCCGAAAAGUCCCAAAAUAAUCAUACUAGGAGGCCCUCAGAAUGGCUGAAGCUUGGUGCGUCAAAAGUGGAUCUGCUUGCUCAGUCAGUGUGGACAAGAAAAUGGCCAGAGCGGUAACCAUGACAGAGACACAGCAGAUAAAGAUGAAAUAUUACCUCUAAAGUGCCCACAAGGAGUAUUGGCACAACUAAUUCAAAUUUAAAAUCAGCUGAAUGACAUUUUAACUUUAUAAUAUGAGGCUAUUGAAGGCUUGAUUCUGAUUGGUUGAUCAGAAUCAAAUUCUAAGGUGUGUGACUGUUUUCAAGACAAUUCACAGCGAAAGUAGUUCCUGGCAGGUUUUGCUCAUAUUAACGUUUCACAUAACUUCCGCCAAAUCAUUUUUCAACAAUUCCUACACACACAAACAAACCAACCAAGCAAAUAAAUAUAUUACACAAUAGUAUAAAAAUGAAUAAUGAUUUCCUGUAAUUCUGUAUUAUUAUGAUACCUACUCUCCUUUUCCCGCUCUAUCUGCCAUACAAGCACGCAUACAUACAUUAUAGACACGCAUUCACUUGCAGAGAGACGUGCUUUCAGUGCUGCCUCGUGACUUAAUCAAUAAUAUAGUUUUAGAACGAAAAAUGUACUUUGCAAUUCAGUUGCAACUACCGGUACUGUUGAAAACGCAGAGACUCAGGUAAUUCACACAUAAAUCACUCUCUCUUUUAUCGGAGGCUCAAGUAUCCAUUAUAAACUCUUAAUUAUAUUGGAAUUUGCAACUAAAUAAUUAAAUAACAUACACGAGAAAGUAAUCUAAUUUAAUUUAAGAGUAAAACCCUGACAAAUGUUUUGAACUAAAUAAUCUGGAUAGUGUCUUUAGGUUUGGUAACAAUAGUAUACCUGUACACUAAGUGAAAUAACUGACUGCGGUCUGUUUAAUUAUGAGGAAAUAAUCCACAUUAAGAAAUAAAGGUCACUCCGCUUUGCGUUAUCGAUUAUAAUCUAGUCAAGAAACGCUCCAGUGUACAAUCCAAUGCAAUUGCACCAAUUUUGUUCCUGGACAGAAUGUUGCCUUAGUGAUUUACCAAUCAGGUAAAUUUGUAUUAUAACUUAGUCUUUAAAAGUAUCAAAAUAUUCACCUUUAAACUGUAAGCCAUGGUGUGAUGAAAGGUUUUUUAGAUUAAUUUAUAACACAGCUAAAUUAAUAGUGCAUGGUAUAUAACAAAGACAGACAUUGACACUGUCAACAAUCAAGCACAAAACUGGAGUUGAGGUCCCACCAGCCCCUGCACUUUAUCUCUGUCUCAGGUCAUUGUAAUUCUGGUCAUAUCAUUCCUCCUGUUGAACUAUGUGGCUUUAUUAAAAGUACAUUUCCUCAUGGUCUGUUUGAAAUAGUUUCUAUAACAGAAAAUUAAUUUCCACGCAUGAUACAGUUGCAUAAAUAUCCAAGCAUGACAAACCAAUCAUUUUAAAUUUUUAGUAUUCAGAGAAUUACAAC